GAUCCAAAACUCUCAACUUCCCUUUAUACAAAACCAACUGACACUCAAAUAGCUGUCAACAUCCCUUACGAGGAUUUAAUUCAACCUGUCGUUGGUCCUAAUAAUCCGUUCAGUACUCGAGUAAUUAACCAAAAUGUUCUCACUGGCCAUGUUGAGGAACAAGCCUAUUCCGAAUUUGCUUUCAGAACCCAACAACGUACUUUUACCUCCUUUGGUUAUGCUGCAGAUCCUUCUCUUGUCAAUACUAGCUCUGGUGGUGCUGUCAAUACAGGUUUUGUUGGUGAUGUUGAGAAAGCCAUGGCUAUGAAUGGUGCUACAAUAUAUGAUUCAACUCCUAAAGUGGAAAAUACGCCGAAAAGAAAGCCCAAAGGUGACUCUGCAAUAUUAGAAGGUGAAGAUUCUUAUCAAGGUCCUUGGGCUGGCUAUGAGGGCGAAAAUAUUGGCACUGCUGUUGGUCCUCCAGAGGGUGCAAUUCCUAAAAAGGCUGAUACCGAUGUUAGUUCUAAAAAACAAAUUGAAGUUGGUCAAGAAAAGACAACAUUUCAUGGUAUGUUUAUAAUCUGGGAUGUUUAUAAUGAUCGUAGAUGUUUGAGAACUUAUAUGGGCCACAAUAAAGCUGUGCGUGAUAUUACAUUUAGUAACGAUGGAAAACGAUUCUUGACUGCUAGUUAUGAUAAAUAUAUCAAAUUGUGGGAUACAGAAACUGGUGCUGUGAACACUAUCACAUUUGUAGAUGAGAAUAGACGAUUUGUUACAACCUCAGAUGACAAGACACUAAGGGCAUGGGAGUUUGAUAUUCCAGUAGUUAUCAAAUAUAUUGCUGAACCACAUAUGCACAGCAUGCCCGCCGUAACUUUACAUCCAAAUACUUGUCAAUCAUUGGAUAAUCAAAUUGUUGUAUAUGGGGCUAAAGAUCGGUUCCGUAUGCAUCGCAAGAAGCGAUUUACCGGACAUUUAGUUGCUGGCUAUGCUUGUCAGGUCAAUUUUUCACCAGAUGGAAGAUUUAUCAUGUCUGGUGAUUCUGAAGGUAACAUUUGGUAUUGG